UCUCUCUCGCAGUCUGCCGGCAACUCUUGCGUGGACGCCAUCGCGCACUCUGCACCCCGUAGGAACGCACCCGGUGCGCGAUUAGUACGACGUGUUAUCGCGCCUCGUUAACUCGCGGUCCGAGAUGUAACCCGUUAUCAAUUAAUACGUGACGCGUAACGAUCGUGAACACGCCAACUGCCAGACGAAUGCACCGCGGUAAUUACAUCGCGACUUUUUUUUUUCUAUUUUUUUUAAAUUUUUUAUUUCCUAUCGUCAUGAGCGGUCGGACGUUCGACGAGGGAUCGUCGUCCUGAAGCAAUUAGAAAUCUCGCUGCUUGUGGUGACGUAAAGUACGAGAAUCGUGGAUCGUUUAGUAGCUGUUACUCCGAUGCUCGAACGAAAGCUUUGAUGUAACCGGAAAUCGUGAGAGAAGUUAUUAUAAUACUAUAGAACGAGACGGUUUUGAUAUUAAUUCCAUUUUUGUGUUAGACUGCGGUUAUUGACUGGUACAUUGUCGGGUGAUGAAAAGUGGAAAAACCGUGGAGAAAAUUUGGAAAAGGAAGUUGGAAACUGUUUAAUCUACUUCACGCUCUGGCAUUUGGUGCUUCGGCUCGAGCUCGAUUGUGACCUUUUCAAUUGUUGGGGUAAAAAGAGCAACGGUUACUGGCACGAGAUACGAGAUCAUAUGUUAAAUGGGACCCGAUGAACCAGUUUCAUAGAACUUGGGUAUCCACGCGCACCAACACCAUCGAGAAAGUGGAAAACUGACAAUUACACGCGCACGUGGAGGAUAAUUGAGUUUGUUUUUAAUCAAUAGUGCUCGACUAUACACAACAAAUUGAUUGAAUUACGGUAAAUUGAGAGCGUUGAUCACUGUUAAGCUCUCUAGUCUGUCCGUCUCCUUGUAACUCCGGACGACAAAACGUGACACGGGAACGUUUAUACCCACAUGAAAACAGUGAUGGUUAAAACGUGAGCGCGAUACAUCCGUGUGCAGUGACGCCGUCCACCGGAAUAAAGUGAUCAGUUAGGAUUAAGGUCACGAACACCAGAAUGCUCGCCCUUUGUCGUCGACUUUAACCGCCGUAGGCUUGCUGUACCAUCACCUGGGCUAAAUGGCAGUGUGAAACAGCAUCGGCGAAGCUUCCCGCAUCCAACAUCAGAGAGAAUAUACCGAGAUCACCAUCAACUGACAUAUCGGUCCUCAUUGAGAACCAGAAGUGAUGUUACGAUGAUGCAAGGCUUUCAUCCGUGGAUGUGCAGUUGGUUGAACUCGGCUAGGCGUGGUCAUUGCUUGGCGCUGGUCGCCCUGGCAAUAGUCCUACAGGUUCAGGCUCAAGCCGUGGAAUGUCCGCCAACGGAAACGAUCCCCGGAUGCCCGUGCUACAAUUUCGAGGAUGGUUUGUUCCUAGAGUGCGCUGGCGCUACCGAAGAGAUGCUGAGUUCCACGCUACAAGGUGUUCUGAACGCUGGAGGAACGGAUACGCUGGUGCAGUCGCUGAGCGUCUAUGAGCUUGACAGGACGGUCGAGGAGCUGAAGGAAAUCGCGUUUCCGCCAGGUUCACAAAUCCGGUAUUUACAGAUAUCCCACUCAGCAAUACGGGAAGUGAGUGAAACAGCUUUCAAAAAUCUGAGACAGAGCCUGGAAUCUCUGGCUUUGGUGUCCGGACGACUGCCGCAAGUCCCCCAAAAAGCUUUGACUGAUCUCCAUAAGCUAGCGGCACUGGAUCUCGAGGCAAACCUGAUACACGACCUGCCCUCCUUUUGCUUCUACGGUCUAAAGUUGAUGAAGCUCAGCGUGAAGGGUAACCAAAUAUCAAAGAUAUCCGAGUACGCGUUUGCCGGUUUGGAGGAAAACCUGAGCAACCUUGACUUGGCGGAAAACAAACUUAAGAUUUUUCCCAUGGCACCACUAAGGAGACUUGAGAAUCUUGCCUCCCUCAGAUUGGCAUGGAACGAAAUAUCCGAGCUGCCUAACGAUGGGUAUUCGACCCUCAGUUCGCUGCUCAUGCUGGAUCUGAGCAGUAAUAAUUUUGAUAAGCUUUCCGAGGACUGCUUUCGGCCGUGCCCGAUACUCCACACGCUUUCCCUCUACUAUAAUUCCAUCGAGACGAUACACAAGGAUUCCUUUGUCUCCCUGAAGGACUUGGAGUCCAUCGACCUUAGCCACAACAAAAUCGUCUUCCUUGACGUAGCGACCUUCAAAGCAAACGACCGCCUCCGCACUAUAGAGCUGAGCCACAACCAUGUUCAUUACAUCGGUGGAGUAUUUGCCAACCUCCCAGAACUCCGGGAGUUGUAUCUGGCAGAAAAUAACAUUCUGGAUAUACCAGGCGAUGCAUUUGCAGGAAGUAUCAGUUUGGCUGUUGUUUACUUGCAGCAGAAUGCAAUUCGGAGGAUAGACCCUAGAGGGUUAGUGACUUUGAGCCAGCUGGCCCAACUACAUCUGAGUAAUAAUUACAUCGAGAAAGUUCCCAAAGAAUUUUUAGAACACUCGGAAAAUUUGUCCUCGUUGUCGUUGGACGGUAAUAAAAUCCGCGAGCUGGACGUUGGCACCUUUUCAAAGCUGCGACAACUGCGUGAACUCCGACUUCAGGAUAACCAAAUAAAGGAGGUUAAGAGGGGGGUAUUUUCACCACUUCCGGUCCUUCUCGAACUACACUUGCAAAGCAAUGCCAUAACGGAUAUAGAAACUGGUGCUCUUCGAACCUUGCACAGUCUUCAACACGUCAAUUUGCAAGGAAAUCUUCUUACCGUUCUGGGUGAUGUCUUCCAGCUUUCCUCCGGAGAUUCCACUACCAACGGAGCCGGCGGAAGUUCCUUGGUAUCUAUCCAGCUGGACAGUAAUGGUCUCGGUGUUUUGCAUAACGACUCACUGCGCGGACAAGCUUCGGUCCGCAUAAUGUGGCUUGGGCAUAAUAAAUUAACCCACCUUCAGGCACCUCUUUUUCGAGAUCUCCUCCUCGUCGAACGUCUGUACCUGACCAACAAUUCCAUAUCUCGUAUCGAAGACGCAGCCUUUCAGCCAAUGCAAGCUCUCAAAUUUCUAGAACUGAGCAUGAAUCGCCUAAGCCACGUGACAGCAAGAACGUUUUCGGAACUCCAUGAGCUCGAAGAGUUGUACCUACGAGACAACGGGCUCAGACGACUGGAUCCGUACGCGUUGACGGCUCUGAAGAAGCUUAGCAUUCUCGAUCUGUCCGACAACCACUUGUCGAUCCUUCACGACGCUAUUUUUCAGGAAGGGCUUCCAAUCAAGAUUCUGAAUCUGAAAAAUUGCUCGAUUAUUAACGUGGAACACGGCGCAUUUCGGGGCUUGGGCAACCUGACCGAUCUCAACAUGGAGAACAACGCCUUGACGGCAACUGCGCUUCGUCGACUCGAUAUUCCUGGCCUUCGCAUACUCGCCAUCUCUGGGAAUAAUUUCACCGAGCUCACUGAGCACAGUUUCAACGGCCUGCCCGCUCUUCAAAAUCUAUUUAUGGACGACGCGCAGCUGGUCCAAUUGCCGGAGAACAUUUUUGCAAUAAAUCGAAACCUGGCGAGGCUACACGCUUGCAAAAAUUUGCUGAGAUUACUACCGCCGGGAAUAUUCGACGGACUUUUGUCGCUCAGGGAGAUAAGGCUCGACGAUAAUCGAUUCCUUGAAAUCCCGUACUCCGCACUCUCCAGCGCUCUGAACCUCGAGAUACUUUCACUUUCGCAGAACCUCCUGGUGACUGUUGAUGUGGCAAGUUUCGCCGGGCUGAAAUAUCUGAGAGAGUUGGACCUGAGCAAAAAUCGUAUCGUAACGAUGUCCGGAUUCGCGACUGCAAAUCUAUCCCGACUUUUGUCGGUAGACCUGAGCCACAACCACCUGAAUGCUCUUCCGGCAAACUUUUUCGUUCACUCGUUGAUGCUGCGACGGGUCGAUCUUGCUGAGAACAAGUUCCGACAAAUUCCAGCGGUCGCGCUGUCUGGUCAGAAUCUGCCCAGUCUGGUUUGGCUAAAUCUGACCAGGAAUCCACUGAACAGAAUUCACGAUUUACCCUCGGAGGCGAUGUAUCCGCUUCUUCAAGAGAUCCACAUAUCUGGGACUAACUUAAGCAUUGUCACGUCCCAGGACUUUGAAGCCUUUCCCGCUCUACAGCACCUCUAUCUGAGUCAGAAUUGCAUAUCGAGAAUUUCGCCCGGAGCCUUUCGAAGCCUACCAAAUCUGCUCACACUGCACAUGGGAAUGAAUAGCAUGGAAAUCGUACCCCAAGAAAGACUGCAGGGUCUCGAGCAUCUCCGGAUACUCAAUCUAACGCACAACAGAUUAAAAGAACUAGAGGAAUUUCCAUCCGAUCUUAAGUCGCUCCAAGUGCUCGAUCUCUCUUACAAUCAGAUUGGAAACGUCGGAAAAGUGACAUUCAAGAAUUUAAUCAGCCUUGUAGAGUUACACUUGUACGGAAACUGGAUAAACGCAAUCGCCAGCGAGGCGUUCAGACCUUUGAAGAAGCUUCGGUUGCUGGACUUGAGUAGAAAUUACUUGGAAAAUUUGCCGUUGAACGCCUUCAGGCCCCUAGAGACGCAGAUACGAAGCCUAAGAGCCGAAGAAAACCCUCUUCACUGUGGCUGCGAGUCCCAGGAGUUGUGGGAGUGGUUGCGGGAUCAUCAGAAGCUGGUUGGUGGUGUGGGUCGAGGGAGAGGUCGAGGCAGGGGUGGAGUUGGAGUCGGUGACGUCGAAGGAGGAUUACUGCGAUGCGAGCAGCCCCCGGAGCUCCGUGGUUUGGUCUUCCUCGACCUUGACCCGCACGCUUUCUGCUCGGCGCCUUUGGUGCUCAAGCUGGCGAUCCAGGACAUCCAGCCUUUCUCGGUCCUCGUCUCCUGGCAGAGCCGCAACCACUCGGGUCUCUACGGAUACCAAGUGGCUUAUCACGCCCUGGACAACGUCGACGAGGUUCGAGGCAAACUACUCGAUCCAAAGGCGCGCUCGGUGAAACUAUCGAAACUCGCUUCGGACACCAGGUACCUCAUUUGCGUCCUUGGUCUUGGAAGCUGGGGGAACCCGAUACCGGAAGGAAUGUCAUCCUGGCAGUUGAACGCCUCUCAUGACGACGUCAUCGAGGGUUCUGCGCUUCCGGUUAUGGUCGACUCCCCUAUGAGUCGUUGCACCGAGGUACGGACCCUGGAUGCUCCGGACUCGAUCGUCGGAGAUGGGGCAGUCGGGGACCGUGGAGGACUUGCCAGUAUUCUGACCCGGAGACUGGGCCUGAUAGUCGGCAGCUGCAUGGGCUUCGUCGUAUUUGUCGUACUGGUAUCAGUGCUGGGUUACAUGAAAAUGAAAAAGCAAAGAGCCGCCAUAAAGCGAGAGCAGCCUCUCCCGACCAAUCCACCAGAGUAUAUGUCCUAUCGGCACUUCUCUCUCCAAGGUGCUGAUCGCAGUGAAAACUCCUGCCCAAGUUUCAUCAGCAACAUUGGUGCCACGCCCCUGAACUCGUAGCCAAAGGCCUCCAAGUCUCACCGAAGCCCAAGUGAGCACGAGAUAGAGAUGAGCAACAUCUCUAACUGCAGUCAGAUAUUCCGUUGACUGAUGUCUGGAAAGGAAUUAGUAGAUGAUCGUGCUCGCGUAGGUGAUAUAACCUUGGUAAUUGCUCUGUGAGAUUGGAGGCUCGUUUUCAAAAUACUUAUCGAUAAUCGUCAUACUGUAACGUGAACUGUGAUGAUAUUGCAAGAACGUUUCCAUGCUUUAAUUACCCCACCAUGGGUCACAAAGUCGUGACUCAGUUCGGUGAAAACCUAAAAGUUCUGAGACUGUUUAAAUAUACGUCGAUAUUACGACGCUCAUCACGUGAAGUGACAAUUGUGUGUUAAAUUGAGUAACAUUAAAAACAAUAAAUGUAAAGUAGGUUAAAUUACGUAUUUAACUACAUGAAUCGUCAGAUAUAAACAUGUUUUAAAAUAUAAGUGCAAAUUGUUUUCAAAAAAGCGUAAUCAUCGAGGACUUUAAAAAUCCAAAAUUGAUUUGCGAAAGUCAAAUUCAACGUAAAAAAAAGUGCAUCAAACUUUCAAUUUAAUAUAUUAUGAAUAGUAAUUAAUUGUGAGUAAAGAAGGAAACAAACUUAAAAUUACCAUCAAUUUGAACAAGUGUUACGAGUAUGCCAAAAAGGCAAAAAAUGAAUUUAGUAAAUUCCAUGUUCAUAUUAAUUCGGAGUGUAUUUAUGACGUUGAAAUUAUGCAUGUGUAAUGAUGAUACACUUUAAUUUUUGACUUUCAUACGAAGACUGAUUUUUCAAAUUUUUUUUGGACGUAGUCGAAUUUGACGUGUCGGUGUGUAAUAAGGAAUGUUUGUACAUAAAUUAUAGUAUAAAGACAAGCAACAAGUUGUCAGAUUUCACGAAGAAUACCUAGUUCAAACAUACCAAUCGCAUCUAAAGUGCUGUAGCCAGAGGAUGAAAAAAAAACCCAAUAAUCGUACAUACGUAUUAUGUUAUACACACACAUAGAAGAAAUAAAUAUAAAUAUAGGUAUAUGAAUAUGAAUAUAUGUAUAUUUAAAUAUAUAUGUAUUAUACAUACGUAACAUUUAGCAGUCCAGCAACAAAGUAUACCGACAUCUAGUUUUGUCCUCCGUUUGCGACGCUCAAGGUUCAACCGUUGAACUACAACUCAACCGAAACUCAAAAACGCGAAAGCCAUCUUGUCACCAAACUAACAUGGCCGCCAACGUCUCACCUGAAGUUUUAUUUUGGUCACAGAAUCGUUUCCAAUAUUCACUUGUUGUUUAUCUGUGCUUCAGGCGAUGUAAAAUUGUGGCAAGAAUACAGCUUGCUAGUGAUUUAAGGUUCUGCUGAUGCUUGAAAACUGAGAUCUCAGCCCGCGAAAUCUUCCCUUGAAACAUGCGUGGCUAACCCUUUAAACAAGACUAUCAGAUUACCCCGGAUUCUCAAGGCUUACAGAAAUAGGGAUUCGGGUAGUUGGGAGACUUGCUUACAUUUCCGACAUUCAGCUAGUUACGGUUAAUAGAGUCCAGCAAAGACGCUCGGCCAAGAAGGAGGUCGUGAUCGGCCAUCACCGGCUCCCUAGGCCGACUAAUUCCAUCCUGAACUUAUAACAGUUCCGGAACGAGACCAAUCCGAAGCGAUUCCUCCCCUCGGCGGUAAAUUACUGUAGGUACAACGACAAUGGUUUCGGUAAACGCACCCCUCAACGACCCCUAAUCCCAAGAUAAUUACCGGCAGCCCAGAAGCCUGGGGUGUCCUUGAUCUGAUGAGAGCUCACGGACGGAGGACAUGGCAAAACAAAUCGCUGAUUCGUGAUUUGUUAAAUUAAGGACUUACGAAUAAUAAAACAAUUAAAUUAAAAAAAACCACGUGUGAUUCCUGCCAAAAUUUAAAACUUCGAAUUGCCAAGCGUAAUAUUGUAACAGAUAUUAUCAAUAUUAUUUUAAAAAUAGAUUUGAAGCGAAGAAAGUUUGAACGAACGAAAAACAAGAAACAAAUUAUUAAUUAUGUAUAUAGAUAGGUGAUACUUAAUAGCGUUCUAUAUCACAGUAUAGGUUUUCGGAUAAUAAAAUCUAUGGUGAAAUGACAGUGCUUUUCUCAUUCGGUACCAUUUUCAUCCACUUUUUCCACCCCGUAAAAUUCCCCCUGAUCUGACGGUACAACAAUUGAUGAUAUAACGAUUUCAUUGCAUAAUUUAAGCCUUAUGCUGGAAAAGAGUUUACUUUGGAAUCAAGUAAAGCUGAUUCAGUCAACUUAGUGAUAGAUUUAUGGUGCAGGUCAAUUUGACAAAAGUCAAAUGACUCAUUGGAUAUUGGACCAUUUGCAUACGUUACAUUGUUCAGCAAAGAUAAGAUCUUAUCUAUGUAACAAUAAGUGGAGAUAAA